UUCGAUUGAGAGAUUGAAUAGGCGCGAUACCAACGAAAAACUGCCCUGCAUUCAAGAGUUGGAGGACAAUAAGUCAUCACCUAGGUGUUGAGUGAAGGAACAGAAAUGGUAAGAUGAAAGACGAAGGACCGAGGAACCCCACGUUUGUCAUCACGUCACGUGCACACCUUCCACCGUGUCAACUCAACUGGUCGCAUGAGCUCAUGAGCUCCGCCGCAGACUUUCUCGCGUCAACACCGUUCACUUCUCUUUAUGAGACUGCCUCUUCUUGAAACGGGGCAACCCGUUAUUUACUGAGCUUCAGCCCUCUUUAACCUCUCAACUAUGUCGAGAUUACGCAUGUACAUCGCGGGUUCGACCGUUCUGGCGAACGUCGUGCUCCUCCGUGCGUACUAUGAGAGGCCAAACUUCUACUCGGCGGCCGUGUACAUAUCCCAGAGCACAGGCUCGUUGAUGUUCCUGAUCAACCUCGCUCUGAUAGUAACCGCAAGCUUCGGAUAUGGACUCCAAAGGCUCUUCUACGGCCGUCUUCGCGCAAUCGAAACCGAACAACUCUACGACAAAGCAUGGUUCGCAGUCAGCGAAACAUUACUGGCCAUGACAAUCUUUCGAGACGACAUUGGAAUAUGGUUCUUUGCUAUGUUUCUCUGCCUUCUUGCCGGGAAGGUGUGGCAGUGGAUAGGGGAAGGUCGAGUGGAGCUUCUGGAACAACAACCGCCUCGAAAUCCGCGUCUAUUCCAUACUCGGUUGAUGAGCUCUCUGCUGCUCUCCGUUGCAUUCGACAUCUUCAUGGUGAACUAUUGCAUCGACCAUAUAUUAUCAGCAACAAGGCCCGGCGUUAUGGUCAUGUUCGGCUUCGAGUACGUUCUCCUGGCGAUUGCGUCAAUGUCGACACUAUUACGCUACCUCUUGUCGCUUGUGGAGAUUGCCAUCAUUCAUAAGCAAGAAAAAACACGCCAGGAAGCACGACGACUAGCCCGGCAACAGGCUUCACAGAGUACAGAUACCAGCGAAGGUGGAAGAGAAGCGGCUGAGGAAGACGACCAGGAUGAGGACGAUGGGGAUGUACCCGGUUGGGAGGAAAAGGGCCGCUGGGUAUUUUACCUCGAUUUGACUACAGACUUUAUCAAGUCUGUGGUCUAUCUCGGCUUCUUCGUGAUCCUCAUGGCAUUCUACGGCAUUCCGAUCCACAUCAUGCGCGAUCUGUUCAUGACUAUCCGCUCCUUCCUCAAAAGAAUCAAUGAUUUCGUAAAGUACCGAAACGCAACGCGCGACAUGAAUGCUCGCUAUCCCGAUGCAACGGCGGAAGAGCUAGGCCGGGAGAAUACAUGCAUCGUUUGUCGUGAAGAGAUGCGUCCUUGGGUUCCUCCGGGCGAAGCGCAAGCCGGUCAACGUGUUGACGAGCGGCAGAGGCCGAAGAAACUUCCUUGCGGACACAUCCUUCACUUCAGCUGCUUAAGGAGCUGGCUUGAGAGGCAGCAAGUCUGCCCUACUUGUCGACGUCCUGUACUGGCAGAAGCAACACCAAACACACAGACAAACAAUCAAGCAAAUCAGGGGCAACAGAACCAGCCGAAUCAACAGAAUCACCAGAACUUGUUUGGGGGACUUGGUGCUGGCCAACCAAAUGCGCAGCAGCCUCCGCCUGGACAACCAGGUCCGCAGGGGCAGGGCGCCCAGCAAAAUAGACAGCACAAUGGACAGCAAAAUGGACAGCAAAACGUUGGAGCAGGCAACUUUCGAGUAUUGAAUCUCGGGCGAUUACGCAUCGUACUUGGUAAUUAUCGGAUACCCGAGCAGCGGCAAGAACAUCCGGUUGCAAAUAACGGCAACAACGAUCAGGCCGCUGCUCUCUUGACUCAACGACUGGCACAAAUGCACCAGACUCAGAUUCAACCUCAGGGCCAGGCUCAGACGACAACGCCUCUCCAACUUCCUAGAGAUACUGGCACAUUCAUACCUGCAACACAAGCCUUGCAUCCCGCCGAUAUCCAGUCGGAUAUACUGCGGCUUCAACAGAAUAUCAUCGACUCAGUGCGGACACUCCGUGUGCAACAUGAACAGCUUGAGAUCAUCCAUUCUUUGCUCGCUGAACUUCACCGAGUACAGCAGGCAUCCGGAGUCACAGCCUCGAAUGGCCAAGAACUUCCUAUCAUUGCUCCUUUGAACCCACAGGCUCCCAUUGUUCCGCAGGCCUACUUUGCAAAUGGACCUGUCCUCCGCCAGGGCGAUGCUGGGUUGCCGGAGGGUUUGACGCUGCCUGAAGGGUGGACAUUGAGGCCUAUGACACGUGCUCCUCAGGUGAUUUCGGGCAGCCAGAACAUGGAAGCUCCGUCACAGAAUUUCUCUGUCCCAGUUCCGCCAGUCGCUACAUCAUCGGCAGAAUCUUCAGUACCUUCAACCUCGACUGGCCAUCCACCACAAACGGAGACUCGCCCAUCGCAACCACCAUCGUCAUCAGGACGAGAACAGACCGCAACUGGUACUGGGACUUCAGCAGAAAAGACGACUGAGCCUGCCUCUAUGGGGUCCAGUUGGAGCUUCGAGAACAUAGGCGGAGGCAAUGAAGCGUCUGGGUCUAGCUCAGCAGUUGCGGGAGGAAGCACAGAGAGCUCGAAUUUGGCGAGGCGGACGGCUACGGUUGAGGAUGCUGAAGACGGACAUGAGUGAAGGAUAAUGUUACGCAUAGGGGCUUGGUUGCAUAGCGAGGCGUUUGGGAAAAGCAUUUACCUGCUGGGAGGCAGGCGUGGGAAUUGUACAUUACGUAGAGCUUGAGAUAUCCCUUCACGGUCUUACAAUGGCAUUGUGAUUCGAG